AUGUUUAUAGAUUUGACUUUUAUUUUGCAGCUUCAGCUUGUGAAUUGGAAGCUUUUUGAUUUCAUUUCUGGUCGACUGCGGGGUUGCCCUACGUGGAGCGAGGGAUGUGCUUCGCAUAACGAAGACGUGUUAACAGUUAAGGCUCCAGAACAAUCAAAAAUCUUUCGUGCUCGUCCACUAUUACGCACAAAGCUCAUUGUCGCAAUCGAAAUGGAAAUGUGCUCAAUAUACGAUCAUCUUCACAACUCGGUACAAAGUCUCGGGAAAAUCGCGAAAGCACUGAAUGAAUUUGAUUGCAAACCAAAUAUAUCAUUUACCUUUAAAGUUGACAUGAAGUACAUAUUAAUUUAUUUGGAAGAAGUGAUAAAUUGGUGGGCAAAACAUAAUUGUUGCGAUUUUUAUUUGCAUCGAGCUUUGAGGUUCGAAUCACCAAAUCAGAGAACUCAAAAAGCGAUCUGUCGAGUUAAAAAUGAUCUUUCGCUUUCUACUCGAUAUAAAAUAGAAAUUAUUUAA